AUGGGGUUCAAAUUUGCUCGCUUGUGCGACUUACUAUCAGCCCUCGAAGAUAACAGGAUCCUGAAAGCUGCCCAUGAGGCCAAAGUUGUGAAUCCUGACAUUCGGGCCGUAUCACGAUGGUUCGCCCAAAAUGACAAGCAAAUUCACGACAAAGAUACCGACCAGUUGGCCCUCCUUUCCUGCAUAUUUCCUGAGAAACGAACAGAUCGUGUCUACUGGCUACAGGAUACAUCCCUGGCCAAGAUUAUAGCACGGUGUCUGCUCCUGGGCUGUUCACGGCGGCAGGAGCUGGAGCGUUGGCGUGUCUCCGGGGGCGUAGACCUGGGACAAUGCGUGGAGAAUGUCAUGCGGCAGGCUGAAAACCAUGUCACCAACGGCCAAGAUGUCACUGUGGAGGAGAUAGACAAAGCUCUAGCUGAAAUCGCCUCUCGUUGCAAGUUUUCUGGCCCUCGGGUGCGAAGGCAGCGUACGGCAGUCAAGGUCGAUCAGACGCUGUCCUCAUUAUAUCGACGACUAAGUAGCAGAGAUGCGAAAUGGCUUACACGGAUGAUACUAAAAAGUUAUUCUCCUGUUUCUCUACGACAAACAUGAUCUUGAAACGCUUCCAUUUCCUUCUUCCACAUCUGCUUCUCUUUCAGGACUCUUUCGAACACGCUUUAAGCGUGCUGGGUACUAGCCCAAUAAGACACUUCCCGCCUCAACCAGAGCCUGCAUUAGCCAAAGACCUGGGGUCCAUCGCGCUAGGGCAUCUCAGUCCUGCUGUGGGAGUCAAGAUAGGACGACCCGAGUACUAUAAGGCUAGGAGCAUCAAGCAUUGCUGUCGCAUGGUCGGCAACCGUCGUAUGAGUAUCGAAAGGAAGUAUGAUGGUGAAUAUUGCCAGAUACAUAUCGAUCUCUCCAAGGACUCCAACUGGAUUCAAAUAUUUUCUAAAAGCGGUAAAGAUUCAACAGCAGACCGCGCCGGUAUCCAUCAAGUCAUCAACGAGUCUUUGAACCUAAGACGGCCAGAUUUUCAUAAGUUGCGUAAGUUCAUAUCGCGUUCAGGCACUUUCAUUGGAACUGAAAGCGACUCCCCCCCACAACCUUAUGAGCAUCUGAUGAUAGUAUUUUUUGACAUCCUGCUCAUCGAUGACAAUGUUUGUCUGAGGCUCCCACACCGGGAGCGGAGAUUGCUUCUGAAAGACAUUAUAGAGCCAAUCCCAGGACGUGCGGAUAUAUCUGAGCAGUGGGUUGUUGACUUUUCCCAUCAUGGCGGUCAAUCUCGACUAGAAAGUGUCUUCCACAAAGGCAUCGAUGAGCGAUGGGAAGGAUUUGUCCUAAAAGCAUGUGAAGAUCCUUACUUUACAAUAUUUUCUGAUGACAAGGACAAUCCCUCCUUCGGUCGCUGGAUCAAGCUAAAGAAGGAUUAUAUACCCGGACUGGGUGAUACCGUCGACCUCGCAAUCAUCGGCGCGAGGUAUAACUCUCGGGAUGCUAUGGCAAUCAAGCAAGUCAAAAAGCUAUUAUGGACUGAAUUCUUCAUUGGAUGCCUCGUCAAUAAAGAGAUGGUUGUUCAAUGUGGAGCCAUACCAAAAUUUCGGGUGCUGGAUGUUAUCAACCACAAAUGCAUGCAUGUCAGAUUCAUGCAGUUCUUAAACCAAUACGGCGAAUUCUGCGCGCGCAGUCCAGACUCCGAACACGGAUUCAAUAUUGAAUACGGAGAGAGUGUAGUCAGCCCUAUGGACGUCGUCUUCAAAACACCCUUUGUCGUUGAGAUGUUAGGCAGUGGCUUCGAAAAGCCGUCUGGCGCCAGAUACUAUACACUGCGUUUCCCUAGGAUCUUGAAGGUCCUUUCUGACCGAUCAUUUGAGGACGCUGCGUCAUAUAGAGAGUUGCAGUUAUUAGCAGAAACCGCUCGAACCGUCCUUGAUGAGGAUCCAGGGACUCACGAGUAUGAAGCCGCCAAACGGAUGAAGUUGCGAGAUUGCACGGAGUGUACACCGGAGGGAUCACAAAGUUUUCAGACAACACAGAGCCCUUGUCUCCAGUCUUCAACUACUGCAAAAGAUGACUCAAGUAACGGAGCAUUCGUGUCUCUCCCGAACAAAGCAUCAAACGCCCCAGACGCGUUACCUGGCUCAACGAGGCAAACCAAACGACGUCGCGAGAGCUGCGCUAUGCAACGUACCAUUCCCAUCCAUGUGGAUCUCAAUAGAGACCCCUCCCCACCUGUAGGGCACAGUGUAUGCGGCAAUUACCUGACAGACAAUGAAAAUCUGUCUUCGCAUGCAGCCGGACAGAGGAAGAACUCAACCCAACCAACCGAUUCUUCUGAUGCAGAGAAAGCCUCCCGCUCCUGUCGAAUGCCUAGUCCAUUAACUAGCCUAGACAAGCUGCAAAAGCACUCAUUACCUGUUUAUACACCGCUACACUGCCAUAUUGGAUCAAACGUAAGCCAGGAAAUUUGCAAUCGCCAUCGACUUGGUGAUGAAGUCGUGACUGCCCACCUCGGCCAGAAACCAAUCCGGCGCAUUCUAUCACCAUUGCUCCACAGACUUAUAUACGUUCACCAUGGCAUAUCAUCCGAUCACAUGGCAGUGUCUCAAUCCAUACCAAAUGCAUUGAAUAUAGCACCCACCCUCAAAGAGUUUGUCUGCUCAUUAACACGCCUAGAGUCACGAACCCACCCCAGGACAUCCAACCCUCACGCAGUCUCGCACUACACAGCUUGCGGACUGGCCAUGAUACCUGGCAAGGAAGAUGCGCUAUGUACGGUUCUUCCCGAUCUAAUAAAAAGCAUAGGAAAUGCUUUCCAGUCUCACAAAUCCAACAGCCACCACCAUGGCGGAAAAGUCUUUAUUCUCGAUUCGAGCUUUCUCAAACUCAAGAUCAGUAAUUAUGACACGGCAAUUUUCCCCGGCCAGACAUGGGAAGACAUUAGCAAGGUGUUUUUCUAUGCCUGCGUGAGCUGGACGUUCAACGGGACUACAGGUUGUGGCACGUUUGAGAAGUACCAAGUCGGAGAAUGUGACGCGCUCUACACGAGGCCUAAGAUCACGGUUAGCUUCGAUAGACGUGAGUUGGGUCGGUUGGAGGAAAUAUUCCGCUCUGAGACACCGAACACUUAUCCUAUUUGA